AUGUCUGAGCUCACCUUCGACACCCUGCUCGAUGAUGGCAACUUUCUGGGCUCAGAGAGAGCGCGACAAGAAAACCAGGUCAUUCUCGAUGAGCUCGAGCGCAAGAAGAAGGCGCGGACCCUCGCAGUGCCUACGGACGACAACAAGGUCAAGGCAAGACUUCGCGAAAUUGGGGAACCCAUAACGCUCUUCGGUGAACGCCCACCAGACAGGAGAGACCGUCUUAUAUAUGUGCUCUCGCAAAUCAAUGCCGCACGCGGAGAGGAUGGCAUGCAAGUUGACGAGGAGAGCAGCGACGAAAGCUCGGACGAGGAGGAGGAGGAGUUCUACUCACCAGGCUCCCUGGAAUUGCUGGAGGCACGGAGGCUCUUGGCGGAAUACUCUCUUCCCAGAGCUCAAAAACGAGUCGCCCAGCAGCGGAUAGACAGCAAGAUGCCACUCGGGCGAAUCAUCGACAUUCGCAAGAAAGUCUUCGCAGAAGUGAAGAGCCUGGCCAAUUUGGGCUCGCAAAUCGGCGACGAACGACCAGUGUCCUUGGUCCGCUUUUCCCCCAAUAGCAAGUACCUGCUCACCGGGAGUUGGGCCGGGAACGUCAAAUUGUGGAACGUCCCUGACUGUACGCCGGUUCGGACAUAUCGAGGACACACCGACCGUGUUGGCGGAGUCGCAUGGCAUCCUCAAGCCACAAAAACCCAGAGUGAAGAUGCGGUUAACUUCGUUAGUGGCGCGGCCGACUUGUCUCUCAAUCUCUGGUCUCUCAACAGUGAGACACCGCUGGCGACCAUGAAAGGUCACGCAAAUCGAAUCGCGCGUGUGGCUUUCCAUCCUUCGGGAAAGUACGUCGCAAGUGCGAGUUUCGACACAACGUGGCGACUAUGGGAUGUGGCCACAGCGAAGGAGCUGCUCCUGCAGGAAGGCCACUCGAAGGAGGUUUUCUCGGUAGAGUUUCAGGACGAUGGCGCCCUCUGUGCAUCAGGUGGACUGGAUGCCAUAGGACGCGUAUGGGAUCUCCGGACAGGCCGGACAGCCAUGGUCUUAGACGGCCACGUUCAGGCCAUCUUCGGCAUCUCUUUCUCGCCAAACGGAUACCAGAUUGCUACAGGAUCCGGCGACGACACCAUCCGAAUAUGGGACAUGCGCUCGCUCAAGGCGAUGUACACGAUCCCCGCACACCUGUCCAACGUCUCUGACGUGCGCUUCUUCUAUGCGGACGAGCUCCCCCCAGCCCAGGCAGUCGCACCCGACGUCGUCAUGAACGGCACCGAGGAGUCCGACCCCGACGUCAAGCCCGUCGACAGCGAGAUCGACAAGGCCGUCGAGGAGUGGAAGUACCGCUCGGGCCUGUACCUCGCGAGCGGCGGGUACGACGGUCUCGUCAAGCUGUGGAGCGCGGACGACUGGCAGCUGCUGCGCACGCUCCCGACGGACGGUGGGAAGGUCAUGUCCGUCGACCUCUCCCACGACGGGAAGAUGCUCGCGUCGGGGACGUACAACCGCAAUUUCCAGAUUUUUACGCCGGACGGCGGUAUAUAGGAUCAACGCGACAGUAUAUUGUAUGAUUAGC